GAGCCACUGCCACCCACAAUAUUUAGUAUCUGUUCCGAUCAUACACUUGCAUGACAAUUCUUAGGAUGGUUUGUAAAAAUGUUGUAUUUUGCCUCAAUCAAAAUGUUCAUUUAUGAUUGUUGUCCAGAAGUUAUGAUGCAAGUAGAUAAUGAGCCUAAUUUAUAAGUAAAAUUGUGAUAAACCAGUUAAACUAUUCAGCACUGCCAUUUGUCUUCAGUCUCUAAAAGGUUAGUCUUGUGAGCCUAUUUUGACAAGUGGAUAAAGAUAUAGAUUGCACUAUUUGCAAACAAAUCAGGACAUGUAAUAUGCAGGACAAAGAUAUCCUUACAGUUAUCAAGGCAGUAUUCAACUAGGACUUUUGGAAUAAACAACUAUUUCUAUUAUCUGUUAAUCUAUACAUUAUUAAUUUUCAAUUUUUAUUUGUUUUCUUUUUAAUUCUAUGUGUUUUGUCAUGUCUUCAUCAUGCUAUGUUUUCCAGCUUAUAUUUCAGUAUUAAAUACGAGAAGCUUUACAACUAAAAAACUGCAACCUGGGAUGGUUAGGCUCCUUUAAAGAUGAUUUCAUUAAUUCCUAAAUCAUGAUAUUGGCCCCCGAUUUGUAUCCCUUAAUUUCAUUUCUACACCUAUGACAAAAAUAAUAUGGAAAUUUUUGAUAAUGCCUCCUCUAGAUGACCUUCAGUUACCAGUUCCCUGAAUAAAGAACCAGAUCAGCAGACCGUAAUAGUGGGGAAGUGGAAAAUUGUGUCAUUUUUCAGUCAUCAUUCUCAAUGAUCGAGGUUAACACUGACAACCAUUUGACAGAAACAUGAUUUGUGAGAGAAGAAAAAAAUGUAUGGCUUUCCUUUACAAAAUUCCUCUGGUUACCUGUCACCAUCUACAGGACUGAUUAAGUACUGCUGUUGUAUGUACUGAAAUGAGUAUCACAUUGAUCAGUGCAUAUAGGUUGUUUACUAAAUUAAUUAAACUAUUAAAAGUUAGUUUUUUUUACCCACAUAUUUUUUAAACCCAAACAAAAGAUUUGUAAAAUUUGUACAUUGUGUAAUAAACAUUUAAGAUUAGAGAAAGGUUGAGGUGGAAAUCAUUUGUAGCUAUUUCUUUAAACUGUUGAUCAGUUGAGUUGAUUCGAUUGUAUUUAAAACCAGCUAAACUUUAACCUAACUAUAUAUAUUUUUGUAAAUACAAUAUUUAUUAAUUAUGUAACAAAGUAGAAGAGUAACUGCUGUCUUUUGGAAGUGAUUAAAGCAGUGGUUUUAACAUACUGUAUUGAAAACGAACAUCCUGAAUCAAACAUUUUCCCAUUUUGUGUGCUGUACGUUGUGCCCCUUAGUUAAAGCUGAAGCAGGUGUAAAACUGAACUGCUUUGACCUGAUAUUUCCAAGGACAUCCAAAAGUCUGAAUGCAGAUCACCUGAUUCCUCGAUUUCUCCAGUCCGGGGACAUCUCUAAAUGUGACGUAUAAUUAGUUGUUCAGUGGGUGAAACGUGAAACUUGCAUAAGAAAAUAGAGAAAAUCAAUAACACAGAGCAAUGUUUUUCAGUGUCAGACCUGAUGCUGAGGUUGGGAUAUUUGGUCCUGGUAAGUGAAGCUGACUGGUUGACUUGCUGAUCUCUCUGGUGGGUAACUUCUCUUUAGAGAAUGGUGUAACAUAGUUAAGAUGUGUGUGUUGUGUUCACUAUCCUCUUCUAGCAUGCCUGUGGAAGCUAUCCAGCCUUGGCCAGUUGCCCCCCAUGCUGUCUGAGUGAUGGGACAAGAGGUGUCAAACUAGCAGAGACCAGUUCAUAUUGGUGUGACAGGUGGAAAAGAGAGGAGGGUGGGGCGUGGGGGUUCUCACCACUACAGUAACAGAGAGAAAUCUCCCCCGGUUGCUGUCUGAGGAUCAGUUUUCUGCAGCAGUAACUAAGACACCCUGUACCAACCUAGUACUGAACCCUGCAGCUCCAAAUUUAGCCCUGGAGACACAAGGACAAACUGCUUCAUGUCCCAUUUAUCCCAUCUGCACCCUUUGAUAUGACAAUAUUACUGAAGCACCUCUGAUAACUUGUUUUUCUUGUUAACAGCGAUAUAUCUGGUUAAAAUUUCGGCCUUAUUUUCCAAUUCUACAAAGCCUGGUCAACUCCUUCAUAUUCUACAUGUGCUUAUUAUCAUUAAUACUUUCAUCUUCUUUGCCAGACUCAAGAUAUCGCCCAUCUCGCUUACAUUCAUGGGGUAAUCGAAGGUUAAACUAAAUGUAUGUCAGAUAAAUUUAGAGCAGUUGUGGUUUGAUGGUGUCUGAAAUAAUCUGGAGCACAUAAACCACAGUGAUAAAGACAUCCAGCCUAGUUGCUGAGACUGGAGUUUGGUCAUAUAUUACCACCAUAAAAGUGGGUCUGUGGUGGUGUGGACAGGCUCUGAUAACCCCUAUGUGUGCAGAAGUCACAUGAGACAGGCAGACAGAAAGUAUGUCGUCAUGUGCAGGAAUGCCGCCAUGAAAUGCACACAUGUAGCAUGACCCAUAAACUGUCCUGAGUCUACAGGAAGCAGUGAGCCGUAAAUCUCUGGUCAUAAAAGUUAUUAGUGACUGACACAUGUAGAUAUAAAAGCUGUAUAUAAAAUGGUGUCCCCAUAAGAAGCAUGAUUAAUUACAUCAUAGACAGUAUUACUACGGGGCAGUAAGCUCAUUAGCACCCUGGUCCUAUUUUCUCAAAGGGGGGCACAACCUCAGCGUGCUGCCUUCACUGACCAACAGAUCCUUCUCGGAAUGUCUGAAGUAUUCUGCUUUCACUGCACCGUGACAUGUUUACAUGAGCUUCACUGUUGUGUCAUUUGAAUGUGAUCUGAGUUUACUGUGCAUGCACAGACCUAUCAAUUACUUCUCUCAAAUUAGACAUUGUAAACUGUAAUGAGUUUUGUUAUAAUUUGAUAGAAAGUGACAGUAAAGAGUUGAUACCAAUUAUUAUUUGAGAAGAAAACACAAGUUUUUACUUUACUGCAGACAUCUGGUCAGACAAGAUAACUAUUUCAAGUCUGUGUCCUGUAAAUACAAUUAAAUCAUCAUAAAGGCAGUUGACAAUUACAUCCUGUUAAACCAUGACGAUAAAUAAGUCUUGGAGAAACUCUUUAAGUCUGCAUAUAAUGACAUUAUUAAGUUGAUUAUGAAUAAUAAAGUGCAGCUGUCUUCAAUAAGGAAAGCGGUCUGACAUAUAAUCUGAAGGAAACCAGCUAACAUGACAAAGCAAUUGUUACUAAAGUAAAAUUAAAAGUACUUUGACAAAAUUAUUUUUAAAAAGACAGGUCCUACUCUCAAAAUGUUAUUUGACCAAAACUACAGAAGUGGUUGUCAGGGAAAUGUCUCUUUUGAUUUUGAAAUAUUAUCAUAAAUUAUAUAAUUAAAUGUAUAACGUUUCAAGCAGUAUUAACAGUGGUAUCUGAUCAUUAUGGAGCUAGUUUUACAAUGUUAGUUUUUAAAACAGCUAGUUUUAAAGGCCAGAGGUCAGAAUAAUGAAAGCAAUGGCUCAUGAGAUGGAAAAGAGGGCAGUAACAUUCUACUGAGCAAAUAUCUGUUUUUCAUGGCCUUCAGAGGACCAUUUAACCCAGGAGCCUUUUAAACCAUUUUUUAGAUAAAACAUUUUGAAAGACAGGAGAUGGACUUUUUGGUGUGGGCCACUAAUGUAGGACUCACCCCUGACAAAGUUACAUCAAGUCAGAGAUUUUUUGUCACACACAAAAACAGCCUGACACAUGUAAAAUAUGAAACUGAUGUAUUAAAAAAUAUGUAUUAAAAAAGAGGAAGUAAAAACAGUUGUCCAAAGUCAGUAAAGUUUAAGUGCACAUUUUUGGAGCACACUACAGAACCCAAAAAUCUGAGGCUGUGGAAAAAUCUUCAGGAAGCCCACUGGCUCUUUCGUUUAUGUCAGCUCUCAACGAAGUUUUGAUUUCUCCGAGGAUACUUGAACGCAACCUUAGAGGCACCCUCCUCUAACGAUAGUGGUCUUCAAACUGAGGAGCAACACAUUGGAAGUUUGGGAGAAGCAGGGUGGAUGUGCCGCAGUCUAGGCCAGCUUUUCUGCAUCUUUGCAACCCAGUUAUAGUUUUUUUGAUUUGGUGAAUACACUUUCAGAUGACGGUGACUCAAGAACGGCCCAUGACCUACAGCAAAAUGAGGGGGCUUGUGUCGUUUUUCUCAGGUAAGUUUGGACUUUUUUUCUUUUUUGACGUUGAAAGGUAAAUUCACAGUUGAUCAGAUCAUUCUAACUAUGGCAACGACGUGGAAAGGAAGGCUAAAGCUGACCCAUAAAACGCUGCUUCUUUACUUUAUGAAAGUUUGUUGAAACGGGUGACAAUUAUAAUGUAAAAGAAAUACCAGAAUCAUGAAAAAGUUGUUGUGAAAAAGAAGAGGACGCGCUGUGAUAAGUGUUUCAUAACUUAAUCACUGUGAUGAAGUCAGAGUGACCACUACACCUAUUGAGUGACUAACGCUAAAUACAGCUGCUGAGCUCUUAUGUAAGGGUCAAGCUGCUAACACCCUGCCUGUCUUACAGCCCUGCUCAAAGGGAAGAAAGUUGGCAUCAGUGACUUUCUGCAUAAACUUGUGUCCACCCAAAAGCUCUGCCAACAGUAAGUUAGCAAAACUCAUGACCAGCACUGACCUUUGUGCUGAAAGUGGAAAAUGAAAACUGACGUGCUGUUUUUGACCUUCCGAUUGAAGCAUGGACCCUCAGAAAAUCAUACAGAGAGAGGGCAGAUCGAGAAAAGAGAAGAGGGAGAAAGACGCCGAGGUAAGUUAGAAGAGGAAAGUUUUUUAAAGUCUGUGCAGCUGAGUGUUGACAGGAGAUGAAACUAAAGCUGACCUUUUGACCUCCCUCCCCCUUGUAUCUUUUCUCUCCUCAGAGCCCCUUGAACACAGAAACCUCACAGUAAGUUAAUUUCUCGUGUGGUAAAACAGAAAGAAAAGAUUGGCUGUUAUUUCAUGGUUAUGUCCAAAUUUUAAAGUAAAGAAAGCCCCUUUUUCUAUGGCCCUCAGAUUUUUUUUAAACUGUAAAUUAUCUUGUCACUGCUCAGUUAAUCUUCUUUCGUUGGGUUGACCAGGUUGAAACCGUCAGAUUUCGACUACCUCAAAGUUAUUGGCAAAGGAAGCUUUGGAAAGGUAGGUGUCUUUUAACUUUAAAUGUUUGUAUUUAUGCUUGUAAAUGUUUGUUGCUGUUGUUAAUGGAGCAGUGGAUGACACAUCUUUCACACACAGGUGCUUCUUGCGAAACACAGAAAACAUGGAGGAUACUAUGCGGUGAAAGUGUUGCAAAAACAGAUGAUUAUCAAGAGGAAAGAGGUAUCUAUCUGUUUGUUUAUCCGUCUUUCCUUCUCUUGCCUUUCUUUCCAUCAACCUGUCCUUAAAUUGCGCCUCUCUUUAGCAGGGACAUGUGAUGGUCGAGCGGAGUGUAUUGUUGAAGGGACUACAACAUCCAUUUCUGGUGGGACUUCACUUCUCUUUUCAGACCUCAAACACACUCUACUUUGUCCUGGACUACGUUAACGGAGGGGAGGUAUGUAUAAAAUGAAAUACUAAUAUAUGUCAAUACCCAACACACCGUUAUAUUUCCAACAAUUUUUCACAUGGAUGGUAAUAGAAUCACUUUGGAACCAGAAGUCACCUGAGUCAGACUCAAAUAACUGUAAGAUGCCUACAGGUUUUUUUUUGUCAUUCGUGCAACCCCACAAUUACUUCAUCUUUUUGUCCUCAGCUCUUCUACCAUCUCCAGAGAGAAGGUUCCUUUCCUGAACCCAGAGCAGCUUUCUAUGCCGCAGAGAUGCUCAUGGCACUUGGCUUUCUUCACUCUCUCGACAUCGUUUACAGGUUCAAACCCAUGCACAUACACACAAACACGGCUAAGUUUUCUUACUCACCACUUGAACAUGCUCAACAUGUUUAAUUGAUUCAUUCAGGGGAUCCCCAAUAAAAUGCUCACUUUAAUGAGGGGUCUGCAUACACGUUUAGAUGACUAAAAACCACCAUGUUCUCAGAUGUUACAUAAAGAAAUAAAAAGCUGAGGAUAACAGCAGGAUAAAGUUAAUGUCGGUUUUGGUAGGAGCUCAUUUAAUAACUCAAUGUUUGAAUCCCAUUUGUUUCUCUGACAGAGAUAUGAAGCCAGAGAACAUCCUUCUAGACUGUGAAGGUCACGUGAUGCUGACUGACUUUGGGCUUUGUAAGGAAGGGGUGUCCAAAAGUGGGAUUAUGCACACAUUCUGUGGGACUCCAGAGUAUCUCGCUCCAGAGGUGCUGCAAGGCCACCCCUACAGUCCAGCAGUGGACUGGUGGGGCCUCGGCACAGUGCUGUUUGAGAUGCUCUAUGGAUUGGUGAGUGCAUGGGAGUCUUUUUCUUUUUUUCAUCUUAUCAUUUCUUUCAGCUUUACCGUGUUACUCAGUCUUUCUCUCUUUCUCUGUCUCUCUCUCUUUUAGCCUCCGUUUUAUAGCCAUAGUAAAGCAGACAUGUUUGAGAACAUACUUCAUGCUCCUCUGCAGCUGCGCAGUGGGGUCUCUGAGGCUGCUCGCUCGCUUUUGGAAGGAUUGCUGCAAAAAGACGUCAAAAACCGCCUAGGAGGGAAAGGUGACCAGGUGGAGCUGCAGAAUCAUCCUUUCUUUGCAUCCAUCAACUGGGAUGACCUCCUGGCCAAGAACAUUAAACCCCCAUUCAUCCCCAACGUGGUACGACAAAUUCAGAUUCCUUAUUCAUAAUACGGUGUUCCUGAGUGUGUUUUAAUUCUGUGCUCCUCUCUACAGACUGGUCCAUAUGAUGUCAGCUACAUCGACCCAGAGUUCACGAUACUGCCUGUUCCUGCUUUUGUAAAUGAGAGGUGCCAGGCGAGCGGGAAUGGCGAGGCCUUCCCAGGAUUCUCCUUCAUGAACCCUGUGGAGUAUGUGGCAGCGGAGCUGGUUUCAUAACCACACGAAACCAUCUGAGAGCGUGUUUGUUAAAAUAUUUAUUUUUCAUAAAUUUUUAAUUUAAAGUCUUUUUUUAACAUUUGAACAAAAUAUUCUUAAACCAACAUUGCACUGAGUUGUAUGUUUCCAUGGUUACACACUAAAUAGUGGCAUACUGAUAUUUCUAGCAUAAGUUUACAAUGUGAAAUAGGCUGGUCACUGUUUCACAUGUUUAAGCGAGCUUUAUGUGUGAAAGUACAAAACAAUAAAUACUUAAUUUUGAAACAGUUUCAUUUUACAUUUUAAC